AUGAGUAAGCGAUACAUUCAAAAAGUCUCUACAGAGUAACUUGAAUAAGUUAGAAAGCAAUCAUUAGAAAAUUAGGGAUAGCUGCGCAAAAUUUCUUAUGAGAGAAGCCUUAAGGACCCAAUUGAUAUUCUUUAGCUUAAUAAAAAAGUAAGGAAUAAGGAGUAACUCUCAAUUGUUAGCUAAUAUUUAAAGCAGUUUCCAAAUUUUAAAAUAAUACAAAAUGAAAAUAAUUAUAAUGAAAAAAUAUUUUAAUUUUUAGAUAAAACGACAUAUUAAAAAUUUAAGAAAGGCGAAUUUAUAUUUCAUAAUUAAGAUAAAAAUGACAUAUAUUAUUUUAUUUUAUCAGGAGAAAUAUCAACUUAUGCUAAAAAAAGUCAAUAAAAUUUAAAUCGUAGCUAGACUCCUCCAAUAUAGAUGUAAUAUUUAGGAACUUAAUCUACAUAAUCUCCGCAGUCUUAGAAAUACUUAGAAAAAAAUAAUAUCUAGUUCUAACAGUAAAUAAGCAACUUUUAAAAUCUAAAAAAAUAAAGUACUCAAAACAAUUUUGAUAGUAGUCCAAGCGAUAAUAUAUGUGAAAAUGAUGAAGAUGAAGAUUAUUAGCUUUUAAAAAUGUAGAAUGAUAAGAUAGGAUAAUAUUUUGAAAGAGAAGGUUAUGGUCGUUUGAAAUAUAGCCGAAUUUAAAUUCUUAAAUAAAAGUAAUGCUUUGGAGAUUUGAGUAAAAAGUAUAAGUCAUUUUCAGCUGUAGCUAAAAGUGACCAAGUUGAACUGCUAAAAAUAUAGAAUAAAGAUUUUACAAAUAUAUUCGAUUUUUUUGAAAGGAAAAUAGAAAUGACUACUUAGGUUUUGAGAAAAUAGUUUGAAGGGCUAGUAAGUGAUCGCAUAUUGAUAAAUUUAGCUUAUAUGUUUGAAGAUGAUGGAGAUAUAUUGAGUGCAGGGGAAUAUGUUUAUAGAGAAUCUGAUGCAAUUAAUAGAUUAUAUAUUGUAAAAGAUGGAUAUUUAGAUUUAGUUAAAAGGGUUAAAAAUAUUAAAAAUAAAUAUGUAGAGAAAAAAAUAUCAAUUUUAUCUAUGGGUGAGUUGUUUGGAUAUGAAAGCUUAACAAAUAUUGUAGAUGCUGUCAAAGAAAAUAUUUAAAAAUAAAAUUCAAAUAAUGAAGAAGAUGUCCCACCUUAGUAAAAAGAAGAAGUAAUAUGUCUUCACAAAUUUGCAUGCAAAUCAACAACAGAAAGAGCUUCCAUUUACUGGCUUGAUUUAAAGGUAUUAAGAAAAAGAGAUGAGUAUGGGGAAUUCUUCAAUCAUCUUAAUAGACUUGGAGGGAAAAAAUCUCUCUACUAUGAAGAGAGGUUAUAAAAAAUGCUAUAAAUAGAAGAAAAAUAGCAUACAGACUAAGCUAGUUUGUCACCCUCUAAACAAAGAGAUCCUAAAACAAAUUUUAAAGAAAAUGCAUAAGGGAUAUUAGAAAGAUAAAGCUCUAACGUAUUUGAUUAUGGGUUAUCUCCUUCUUAGCAUUCUUUUAGUUAAAUUGAUGAGCUGAGCUCUCCUUUAAUAAAAAAGAAACUAAGUUAAAAUAAAGAUAAAUUAGAUUAGCCUAGUAAAACCUUUCAAUUUAAGAGAAACUCAUCUUUAGUUGCUGUUAGUAUCACUUAAAAUAAUAAUAGCAACAGCAAUAAUAAUGAAGUUGCAUUUACUGAGUAAACUCCUGAAAUUAGAAGGAAAACGUAUAAUUCAGUAUAGUUUGGAAACGCUUAAUAAGUUUAGUCUUAGGUUGAAGUAAUUCUUGAAAACGAUGAGCUAUUCAACUCCACAAUAAAUUAAACUAAAUUUUAAUUAUCAAAAAAAAAAUAUUAAUCUUUUAAUGAUGAGUUUUAAGCAAAUCUCUAAGAAGGAAAUCAAAAAAUUAAUAUGAAUAGUUCUAAAAAUUCAUUUAAUUCAACAAAUGACCUAGGAUUUUAGCUUAAACCUAUUUACAACAACUAAAAUAAUUUAAAUAAUAACCAAAACUACAGAAAUAGAAAUAAAAAAGAUAAUUAUUAAUAAAUAGAUUAAAGGUAAAUUUAAGCAUCUCCAUUUUCAUCACCUGUUAAGUUGAGGAAAAUGAGAAUAUAAGAUUCCUAAAAUCAAGGGUCUGUUAAAAGUUUCACCACAGAAAUGGAUAAUCUCUCUAAGAAAAAUACUAUUAAAAUAGGCUCGAAUAACUAAAUUAUAGAAGAGUUUCAAGUCAAGUUAAAUCCAAACUUAUUAAAAAUUAGCUCUUAUGAUACACCUAAAGAGUAUGAAGAAUAGAUGAAAUAGUAAAUAGAAAGAAAAUUAAAAAAAUAAGAUUCUGGAAGGCUUCUUCAAAGAAAAAGAGAAAACGAAUAUCAGUCGCAACACCCCUCAAGUAUUGAUAUAAAAUAAGUAUAAGAUAUGAUAAAAAUAAAAGAAGAUAUUGUAAAUAACAAAGGUAUUCCAAAAAUAGUUUAGCUUGCUGCAAGUGGUUUGCCGACAUUUGAAGAAUCUGAAAGGAUUUAAAGGGUUUUAAAGAAAUCAAAUACAAAGUCUAUAAAUGGAAAUCUUUCUAUUUCAGCGGUCAACAAUAUGACUAAAAAUCCUUAGAGCUAUUCCCCUAGAAAUUUAAAAAAAGGUUCUGCUAACAACUCACCAAAUGUUUCAGUAAGUUUAAAUGCAAGUAUUUCAAGGAUUAUGAAAAAUAGAAUGAAUCCUUAUUCAGAUCUUAAUGAAUCAAAAGCAUCUUAUGAAAAUAUUUCAAGGAAUGAAAUUAAUUCUCCUAUGAAAAUAAAAUCUUUUUAGAAACUAAAUUUCUUUGAAGAAGAUGACUCACAAAUGCAAUAAAUUAGCUUUUAGAAUUUGAAGCAAAAUUAAAAUUCAUCUCCACUUAUAAGUGUUAAUUAAAUUGACAAAGAAAUAGAAGCAAAUGAAUCCAUUUUUAAAUUCACUUGCGAAUCUCCUCGAUUAAAGCUUUAACUAAAACAAAAAAGCCCGGAACCCUCUUUAGAGUUAAACACUUUAAAUAUAAAAGAAAAUAAUUCAAAAUAAAUUCUUCUUUCUCCUGUCAGUGGGUGUGCAGAUAACUUCAAUAAUGUUAGUGAAUUUUAGGAAACUGUAAAAUUAUAAACUAAUAAGCAAAAUAAUUCCAAUGAGAAGUUCAUCUAAAAGCAAUUAGAGUAGUAAUAUGAUAAUUUAGAUGAAAUUAUUAGCAGAUAAAAAUAAACACUUUAAUAGCUUGCCAUAAGCUAAACUGAAAAAAAGCAUUUAAAAAGUAUAACAGCUAAGCUUUAAGAAGCCACUAGAGCAUAACCUAACAAAAAUAUAAGUCUAAUAAAUAGCCUUGGAAAUAGAAGACAUUCUUCUAUUGCAGAAGAUAUAGCAAAUAACUCAAGGCUAUCAAAUAAUUUAUUUCCAUAAUUUUUAAAUAAUAGAACAAGCCUUAUUAGCACUGUUUCAAAUAUAGAAAAUAUUCAAUAAAAGAAUACUAGAUCUUCUAGUGGGUCUUAAAAAGAUAAAUAAGAAUAGACACCUUUGAUUCUUAAGCCUUAACCUUAGUAAGCCAUUAAUUAGCAGCCUAAUAGUUGCCAAUUUUCACCAAAUAAGUAAUCUAAAAUAACUUUAUAAGUUGAAGAAUAAAAGCCAAAACAUAAUAAAAAUCUGACAUUCAAUCAAAAUUUACUUAAAAAGAGUUUAAUUAGACAACAGCUACACAAAAAGUAUUCAUAAAUAGUAUCAAGCAGUCCAUUUAGAGAUAAAAUAAUCUUAUUAUAUGAAAAUAAUUAAAGUUAAUCUUAGUAGAACUCUCAGCUAAUUGAAGGAGUCAAUGGAUAUACGAUCAAUGAAAGCCCAAUAAAGUAUUCCAAGAAUAAAAUACAAGAAAUUAAUCAUCAUUUUACUGUAGAUCCAAAAAAUGUGUUUCCUUAAUCUUAAGAAAACUCUAGAAAUAUAUCUCUUACAAUCUAAAAUUCUAACACAGAGUGUAAAUUAAACAGUAAUAUACACCAAGGAUUAAGUUUACUUUAAAAAUACUAGUAAAUACCAAUAAAUAAAUCUUUAUCAAAUUAAAAUCGAUUUUGUUCAACAUAAAGAAUUCGAAAUGUCAAUAGUCUGCACUUAAUCAUGAACACUGGAAAAACAGAUCAAGAUAAUAAAAACAAAUUUUUCUAAUAACUAAACGUAAAAAAUUUAAGUAUCCACAACAAUUCAUCUGAAAGGUAUCAUCUUGCUCCAUUAAAAAACUAUUCUACAAUUAUAACAAAUUUGCCUGCUCGUUAGGUUUCUCAUUAAAGUCUCUAAAAUGUAUUAACUAUUUAACCAAAAUACGAUCCUUCAUCAAAAAAUCCAUAAAAUAUUCUAAAUUCAAACAAUGGUAAACCAACUUACCAAAACAUAAAUCAAUUACUUAAACCAAUUAAUUUAUCAGAGUCAACUUUCAGAGAGAAAAAAGGUUUUUCUUUACAUUCUAAUUUCUGA